AUGCAUGUGGUGACCCGCGCGCGUGCGCUCACGACGCUGGUAGCGGCAGCUUGCUCGUCGCAGAUCCUGCAGCCGGCGGCGACUGCCGCUGAGAGCGACCUCGUCACCGCGCUGCUCGAAAGGACGGCCCAAAACCGUGUGGCCAACGAAGCCGCGGUGCGGCGGCAGACGGAGAGGAAUGCCUUCUCAGCCUAUAGCGGCGAACCAAACGCCAUGCGGCAGGUGUUGAGCACUGAUGGAGCGUGGCUCUAUCUUACCCAGCGGGAGGUGGCCCAGAUGACGCGGCGCGGAGAAUUGGCAUGCGCCGCCGACGGGACGUGCCGGGUGGUCGAUCGUGGCGCGGCUCCGCUGGCGCUUGAGCUGCCUGAGCUCAAAGUGCUGACCUGCAAUGAAUCGGGGAGAAAUUGCAAAUUCAAGUAA